GCAGCACAAGGGCUAAUUCCCGAGAACAAGCGGUACAAAGCAGUGAGCCGGCAAAGCCCCCGGGGCCUCCGUCAACAGCUGCUCCGCUCACCCCGUGCCCCCCAGGGACCCGCGUGCCCGACCCCUCGCCCCCAGCCCGACGGCACAUGGGGGGCGGGUGCCCGCUUCCAACAUGGCGUCCGGGGCGGCGGCCGCUCCCGUGAAGCCACUUCCUGCGGGGGCGGGGCCCGGGCGCAAGAUGGCCGCGCCCAACAAGCUCAGGGUGAGCGGAGUCCAGCCAGGGGGCCGGGCCGUGUGAACGCCGGGCGGGGGCCAGCCCGGGGCGGCAGCGCCCAGAGGCACCGUGCGGGGCAGCCCCCCGGCUGGGGAGCCCCCUGCAUCCAGCCCCCCCAAACCCUGCCUGGGGAGUUCCUUCUACACCAGCACCCCCAACCCCGCACCCCUACAUCCCCUCCCCUUGAUCCCACUGCCCAUCCUGCCCCCUGACAACUAGCCCUCCAACCCCCACCGAGGGCAGCCUGCCCCCCGACAACUAGCCCCCCAUUCCCCCUUGCCUUGUGGGCAGUUACCCCCUCUCUCCACCUCAGGACACCCUGCCCCCCGUGCACCCCAGCUCCUGUGGGCAGCCAGCCCCCCUCCCGGGCUCCGAGCUGUGCUGCGGGGUGCUGGCCCAAAGGGCUGGGGAGUGGGGACAGCUCCGUGCAGGUGUUGGACCCCGCUGGGUGUCAUGUGCGUAAGGUCCCUGGGGCAGGGGGCAGCUGGGUGUGCUCUGACUGGGGAAUCCGCGGGCACCUGCUGAUCCCAAACUCUCCGGGUCUUUCCUCCUCGGACUGGAGGCAGAGAUUUGAGGGUGGGUUGGAGGGCGGUUACACCCCUGCAUCCCAGGGCCAGGCGGCACGGCCUGCGGGGCGAUGGGGAACGUGCUGGCACCAGCGCUCAACUUGCACAGACCUCUGCGCCGGCAGGAGCCGCUUACCAACCCAGGCAGCUUCGAUGAGCUCCAUCGGAAAUGCAAAGAAGUCUUCCCCCAGCAGAUGGAAGGGGUGAAGCUGAUCCUCAACAAGGCCCCGAACAACCAUUUCCAGGUCGCCCACACCGUUCAUAUGAGCACAGUCGGCCAGUCCAGCUACCACUUUAACACCACCUACGUAGGAGACCGGCAGCUUAGCCCCACCGAGACUUUCCCCAUGCUUGUCGGGGACAUCGACAACUGCGGGAGCCUCAAUGCUCAGGUGCUGCACCUGGUGGCGGAGCGGAUCCGCACCAAGGCCGUCUUCCAGACACAACAGGCCCGGUUUGUGACGUGGCAGUUCGAUGGGGAGCUCCGUGGCGAUGACUACACGGCCACACUGACGCUGAGCAACCCCGAUGUGCUCAGCCAAUCAGUCAUUGUGGUGGCGCACUUCCUGCAGAGCGUGACCUCACGGCUGGUGCUGGGCGGGGAGAUGGUGUAUCACCGGCGCCCGGGCGAGGAGGGCGCCAUCGUCACCCUGGCAGGGAAGUACACGGCUCGCAAGUGGGUGGCGACGCUGAACAUUGGUUAUGGCGGGGCCCAUGCCAGCUACUACCACAGAGCCAACGAGCAGGUGCAGGUCGGGGUGGAGUUGGAGGCCAACACCCGACUUCAGGACACGACCUUCGCCUUCGGCUACCAGCUCAACCUGCCCCCGGCCAACGUGGUCUUCCGAGGCCUCCUGGACAGUAACUGGUGCGUGGGGGGCGUCCUGGAGAAGAAGCUGCUGCCUCUGCCCGUCACCCUGGCCCUGGGCGCCUUCCUCAACCACUGGAAGAACCGUUUCCACUGUGGCUUCAGCGUCAUCGUGGGCUGAGGGGGCAGUGCUCUCGCCCCAGCUGCUGGAGGCAGGGCAGAGCCUGGCACCAAGUGGAUUCUGACUGGUUUGCUCCGGUGGGAGCAGGAUCCUGGCCGUGUGCGUGGGGCAGGGCCGUUCACCGCAGCCU